UCUAGACAUGACGGGAUCCCGCUAAUAAUACCUUCCAGGUCCUGUCUGCCCGCGUGCCUCGCAAGGCUCUGGUGGAAAAAGUCGGGCCUCGGAAUCCGUCGGAGGAACGAACAACGCCGAAUGAGGGCUGAGGGGUGGGUGGAGGAAUAUUAGACUAUGUGGCUAUUCCACUAACCUCCGUCUAACCUUGCCGGGCCACCCAAUAAGCGACACCUGAUAGAGGAGGCGCGAGCAUGCGUCGUCGCAUUCACCCAUACGCAGGGGUACCGAAUCAGUCCGCCAGAGGCCAGCAAUGACGUGUGACAAGGGAGGGGUAAGGCCCCGCGAUACCUUUAUAUAUGCUGGUGUCGCCAGUAUCUCUCUCCCUGGUUUUUUUUAUCCAGAUUUUUCUCAGGCGCAAAAGCUCACGAUGGUCACUGUUGCAGUUCAAUCCCAGACGGCAGCGUCUGCUGCUCCGUCUACCGUAUCCAACGGUAUUGAUCAAGAACCCCAGGGAAAGACCCAGGAGACCACCCCUUACAAUGCCGACGGCGGCGUCACCAGUCAGCUGUGUGCCUGGAUUGCUGGUCUGCAGCUGGAUGAUAUCCCCGAAGCGGUGCGGACUCGCGCCAAGUACCUAGUCCUAGACGGACUUGCCUGUGCGCUGGUUGGCGCCCGUGUCCCUUGGUCGCAGAAAGCCUUUGACGCUAUGCGCGCUUUUGAAGCACCCGGGAAGCAUGUGGUCAUCGGGUACGAAGAGCGCCUGGGUGCCGUUGCGGCGGCCACCCUAAACGGAUCCUGGAUUCAGGCCUGUGAGGUAGACGACUACCACAGCGUUGCGCCUCUACACUCACAAGCAGUGGUCAUUCCUCCACUCUUCGCCGCCGCCGUGAGUGCCAGAGACCACCCCACGACCCCACGAGUCAUCGAUGGACAAUCCUUCCUGCUUGCCUCGGUGGUCGGGUUUGAGAUCGGCCCUCGGGUCGGCAUGGCAUUGCACGGGACGGAGAUGCUCGCGAAAGGAUGGCACUGCGGGUCAGUGUUCGGUGGUCCCGCGGCAGCAGGCAGCUCGGCGAAGCUACUUGGCCUCUCGGCAGCGCAGAUCGAGGAUGCCAUCGGCGUGGCCGCCACACAGGCCUGCGGCCUCAUGGCGGCCCAGUACGACGGCAUGGUCAAGCGGAUGCAUCACGGAUUCGCGGCACGCAACGGACUAAUCGGAACGAUGCUCGCCUGGGGCGGAUACGAAGGAAUCAAGAAAGUCUUCGAGCGGCCAUACGGCGGCUUCCUGGCCAUGUUCGGCCUGGGAUCCAAACAUACCCCCAACUCCAAACCCGAGGAAAUCUCCAAAGACCUAGGCCAAUUCUGGCACACCGCCGAAUGGAUCCGACUGAAGCUGCAUGCCUGCUGCGGCGGCAUCCACGGCACUAUCGAAUGCCUGGCCGCAAUGCAAGAACAGUACCCCGACCGACUCCGGGGCGCAGCCCAGCUCGCCACCAUCCAGGACAUCCACAUCCAGCUCAGCGACGCCGUCUAUCACCACUGCGGCUGGGCGCCCGAGACACGCCCGCUAACCCCAACCGGAGCACAAAUGAACACGGCAUUUGUCGCCGCCUCCCAGCUCGUCGACGGCCAAGUCCUACUGGAACAAUUCUCCUCGGCCAAACUCGACCGGGACGAGAUCUGGUCCCUCAUCCACAAGACCCACUGCACGCACACGACCGAGCUGGACAAGCCCAACAUCGGCUGUGGCGCGUUCAUCACCAUCACGUUCCAGGACGGCACGCAACUCCACCAUACCCUCCUGAAGCCGAAGGGGGUCGACGAGCCGAUCACCAACGCCGAGAUCCUGGAGAAGUUCCGCCGGUUGACAGGCAGCCUGAUCGGACCCGAGCGCCAGGCCCAGAUCGAAGCCGCGGUCUUGAAUAUGGAGGCGUUGGCGGAUGUGGAUGAGUUGAUUGAGUUGCUCAGUGUGCCGGUAGUGAAUCCGUUGCAGUGAUUUUCUUCUUCUUCUUCUUCUUCUUCUUCUUCUUCUUCUUCUCUCUGGUAUUGGUAUUUCAUUUGGGCGUUUCGGGUGUGAAGGGAGCAUCCCUGUUUAGUUAUCAUCUGCCUAAGGACUCGCCUCUAGUAUCUUCAUUGUGCUA